AAAAAAAAAAUAUGACUUAACAAGUCGAUGAAUCAUUUUCGAUUAACAAUUAAACGUACAAAAAGUAAAAUGUAGUAUAUUUCUUAUCUACGAGAUGGCUCAAACGUAAUAACAACUAUGUUAUCACCCUCUACUCGAUGAUAACAAAUAUGUCUAAGUUGACGGAAUGGCUUACGUAUACUAGUGUACCUUUAGGUAUAUGGCUAGCAGUGAUCACCGGAUAUAUAAAUCUUUCUUAUGCCACGGAAUGGCAAGAAAUAUUUUUAUUUCUACCGCUUAUAGCUUUACUUGUAUUUGGUUUUUAUGCAACCAGUGUCGUCUUAUACAGAACAUUUACAUUCAAUGAUUGCAACAUGGAAUCAGCUGAACUCAAAAAAGAAAUAGAAGAAGCUAAAAAAGAUUUGCGUACAAAAGGUAUUUUCUCAUGAACAAAAUGAAUAUAUUUUUAUACUCUGUAUAUUAAAGCGUAUACCACGAAUAUACACAAUUUUGAACAAGUCGUCUAAGAUUCUUCCAUUUUAUUAAUAUUUUCAUUAUUUAAGUGAUUAAUUUCAUGAGCUCGUCAAAUUUUUAUUGAUAAAUGUUGUUCUACGUUUAGCUGUAUAAAUGCAACGAAGAUAUGUAACUCUGCUAGAAAAUAAUAUUUGUAAUUAACUAUUUUUUUCUAAUAAAUGAAGAUACAUUUA